UGAAGGUGAGCUUCCGGCCUCUCUGCUUUCUGUGUAUUUGUGUUAGAACCUCGGAGAUUGUAAGUCGCGACGCAUUGCUAUGGAGCCGCCCGGGCAGAGCGGAAUAAAUACAGCUUACAUACCCACAGAGGAUGAAAAGAGAGUCUUCAGGGAAUGCAAUGCUGAGAGCUUUUGGUACAGAUCCCUGCCUUUUUCUGCUUUUAGUAUGCUGGCCACUCAGAUGUUAAUUAAAAAAGGAAUUUUUACAACUCGUUCAAGGUUUGGGUCGCUACCAAAAGUUUCAUUUGCUGGCCUCUGUGGAUACAUCGCUGGAAAGAUUUCCUAUAUGAAGACAUGCCAGGAGAAGUUUAAACAGCUAGAGAAUUCACCACUGGGAGAAGCUUUGAGGAAACAAAGACCACGCGAGUAUAAUUCUCAACAACGAGGAUUUUCAAAUGUGCCUUCAGCUUUUGAAAAUGCUCCAGCAGCAGCACCAGAAGCACCACAGUCUUCCAAGUUCCCUGUUGAUAAUUAUGGGAUGGUAGACUUUCGCUCCAAGUAUGAACCAGCUCCGUUUAGUUCUUCCAUGAAUGAAUCUACUCCAACUGGAAUAACAGAUGGUCUCCCUCAAGAACCCGUACCGUCUUCCGAAGGAGGUCCAAAAAGGAGAGGAAUCACAUAUGAUGAACUAAGGAGCAGAAAUCGAGAGAUGUAUGAGGCAGGAAUAAUGCAAAAAUCAGAUGUUGCAUCAAAGCCAUUACAGGAAAGACCAUUAAAGAAGGAAGCUAAAGUCAAUAAGUAUGGAGAUGCUUGGGAAGAGUGAAAACCUUUGUACCUUCUGAAGACACUUCUUCAAUCAAAUAAGAGCUUUAUCAGUGUUCGUCAGAUAUCUGAAUGUUCAGCUAUACACUAUGAAAUACAGAUGUAUUGCAAAAAAACCACCUCUUUUAGGCCUCCUUUUUCAUUUGGCAAAGUGGAAGAAUGGAUUGUUAGCCUAAAAAAAGUUGAUUUUCAAGAACUAGCUAAGGAAAGUAUCAGAAGCACCCACCAAUGUUUUAAUGACUGAUUAAGAUGUAGUGUUGUCUAAUUGAGAUGUACAGAAAGGGAAGAAAUCCAAAGUUGCUUAAAUUUGCCCUCUCCACUUCUGAAGGUAAUUUAGUGUAACAUAAAACAGGCAAGAAAGGAAGAAAUGUUAAUUUACUUAUUCAGAUGGUAAAAACUAGGGCUGCAUCCUGAUUAAAGAAAUGUUAAUCAUGAAUCAUUAGCUUUAGUCUUUUAAUUGAUUUGCUGCUUAAAUUUACAUAGCAAGUAUCAUUCUAAAAGAAGCAUUACUCCCUUGUAAUGUGAUAGGCAAAGAAUUCCUUUUAAGAUGGUGCUUUUUAUAAGCUUUAUAAAAAUCUGCUGCCAGUUUAAAGGCAUAUUUUUAAUUAGGUUUUUAAUCUUUUAAACAUUGCAGCCCUAGAAAAUCUAGCCGCCUGAUAUGUUUUCUGAUGAGCAAACUCCUCAGUGCAACCUAAAUAGUGGUUUUAGGUUCAGACUAUUCCUCUACUCUGCUUUUUGUAUGACAUUGAUCCAAAACAAUAAAAUGAAAUAAAAAUGCAAGUGAAACUA